GGCUUGGUAAGCUAGCCUUCAGGCUAGAGCUUUUAACCUACGGUUGCAGAGACCGACGUGUGUGAGAAAGCGCGAAACCACCUCGGUUGGAUCACUGCCACGACCCUACCUCUCACCGCCCGGAAUGUUCUCCCACUGCCUCGCCUCUCCGCCGGCGCUGCCGCGGACGUCAUGCAGCGGGGUCGCGUGCCGUUUCCCUCGCAAUGGGACGCCUCUCAUCUGUUCUCCUUUUUCCGCUAGCAAUACCCGACGCAAUCACAUCAGUUAUAAUGGAAGUGCUUGCACGGUGAGGUUUCUGAAUGCUGUCUACCAUGGACUAUUGGUGGGUUUAGUUCCAAACACCCAAAAGAAUGGAAGGCUUCUAUUAGGAGUUGGAAGAAGCAUCAGUUCUGAAAGACAAGAGGAUAGUGAUGAGGAUGAUAGGGAGAUCACUGUUAAUACAAUCCAGACUGCCAUCGUACUGAGCAAGGAGGUUCUGACCAUACAGAGGAGCCUCCUGAACCAGAUUGUUGAAAGGAGAGAAAUAGCAUCAUCCACAAAAGAUAGUGUUGGUACGAAAGAAAAGGAACCAGCUUCUUACAAUCAGAGUAAUAGUUCUUUCUCAAACCUUGAUGGAGGUAACAAUGGAGAGCUUCAGAGAACAAAUGACUCUUGGACUUCCUCUGAUUAUGUUCAGUCAACUGAAGCUGGUAUUGUUGAUGAGGUGGAAGAACCCAUAAAUGGCUCAGAAGUUGAACAAUCCAUGGCUGACGCUCUUGGGCUACUAAGAGAAGCCAACUUAGAGCAAUCUCAAUUAACAGAACAAACUACCGAUGUUCAGUCAACUGAAGCUGGUGUUGUUAAUGAGGUGGAGGAACCCAUAAGUGGUUUAGAAGUUCAACAAUCCAUGGCCGAUGCUCUUGGGCUACUAAGAGAAACCAACUUGGAGCAAUCUCAGCCUCAUGUUACACUCCCAGUUCUUCCUGACAAGUCUAAUUCUUAUGUUAUGAAAGAUGAGAACCUUGAGGUCUCUGCAGUAACAAUUGUCCAAGCUUUGGACGAGCAACAAGAGGAGUCACCGAAGCAAGGAAUCUUUGACUCUUCUCCUGUGGCUAACCCAAAUGCCAUGAAUGUCAUAGUGGUAGCUGCGGAAUGUGCUCCAUGGUCCAAAACAGGUGGGCUUGGAGAUGUUGUUGGAGAGUUACCUAAGGCCUUGGCCAGGAGAGGGCAUCGAGUUAUGGUAGUGGCACCAAAGUAUGGUAAUUAUGCUGAACCCAAAGGAGUAGGAGUUCUGAAAAGGUACAAGGUUGAUGGGCAGGACUUGGAGGUUACUUAUUAUCAUGCCUACAUUGAUUGUGUUGACUUUGUCUUUAUCGAUAGUCCUGUUUUUCGCCACAUUGAAAAUGACAUAUAUGGUGGAAACCGACGGGAUAUUCUGAAACGGAUGGUUUUAUUGUGCAGGGCAGCAGUUGAGGUUCCCUGGCACAUUCCAUGUGGUGGUGUCUGCUAUGGAGAUGGGAACUUGGUUUUUAUUGCAAAUGAUUGGCAUACUUCCCUGCUUCCUGUUUAUUUAAAGGCAUAUUAUCGUGAUAUGGGGUUGAUGAAGUAUGCCCGAUGUGUGUUGGUGAUACACAACAUAGCUUACCAGGGCCGUGGUCCAGUAGACGACUUCUCCCUUGUGGAUUUGCCAGAUCACUACUUAGACCUUUUCAAAUUCUAUGAUCCUGUUGGAGGUGAACAUUUCAAUAUAUUUGCAGCUGGUUUAAAAACUGCCGACCGUGUGGUUACUGUUAGCCAUGGUUAUGCUUGGGAACUAAAAACACCCGAAGGUGGCUGGGGCCUGCAUGAAAUCAUUAGUGAUAAUGACUGGAAAUUUCGAGGUAUUGUUAAUGGGAUUAGUACAGAAAGUUGGAACCCUAAUUCCGAUGUGUACCUAACUUCUGAUGGUUACACCAACUUCUCUUUGGAAACUCUUCAAUUGGGCAAGGCCCAAUGCAAGGCUGCUUUGCAACGUGAGCUUGGUCUGCCAGUCCUGGGUGAUGUUCCUAUCAUUGCCUUUAUUGGGAGAUUGGACUAUCAGAAAGGCGUAGAUCUCAUAGCAGAGGCCAGGCCAUGGCUUGUCGGUCAGGAUCUACAGAUAGUCAUGCUGGGCACAGGAAGGCGAGACCUCGAAGAUAUGAUUCGGGGAAUCGAAAGCGCACAUCGCGACAAGGCCAGGGCAUGGAUUGGGUUUUCUGUGAAGAUGGCUCAUCGAAUCACAGCGGGUGCUGACAUCCUACUGAUGCCAUCAAGAUUCGAGCCUUGUGGACUGAACCAACUUUAUGCGAUGAUGUACGGAACUGUUCCUGUGGUGCAUUCUGUCGGUGGUCUAAGAGACACUGUGCAACAGUUUGAUCCACUCAAUGACGUAGGCUUGGGUUGGACCUUUGAAAGGGCAGAGGCAAAUAGGAUGAUACAGGCACUGCAGCAUUGUUUAGACACAUACAGAAACCACAAGAAGAGUUGGGAGAGACUGCAGGUACGAGGGAUGAUACAAGACCUUAGUUGGGAUAAUGCUGCUCAGCGCUACGAAGAAGUCCUUAUUGCGGCCAAGUACCAAUGGUGAUUCCCUCUUCCUUGAAAGGCCUGUUGUUGAUGGAACCCUAUGUUACCAAGCAAUGCACAAGAUUUUCUGGUGAAUCUUCUACAUACCUCACUAGUUUGUCAUCUCUUGGUGCACGAGUUCAUAACCGAUCAACCGUUCAGUCAGCAAGUUUAUCUGUACUGUGUGAAAUAUGUUAUGUAUUGUUUUUACAGUUUCCUGUGUGAAAUAGAUGUUGGAGCAGAAUUA